AUGAACGUUUGGAUCACCAUCGCCGCUCUUGCUGCUCUAGUAUUGAAUUUUGCUUGUGUUGUGGAAGCUAAUUAUCCAAUGGUGGAGGCCUCUGUUAUUGCUCUUAAUAGUACAGGGAAUGGUACUACACCAUUUGUUUAUGACUUUUGGCGUAUCAACAAGCCACCAAUCAUUGGUGGUAUAAUAGUUUUAGUAGUUGGUGUAAUCAUUGCUAUUAUCGGAGGAGGUAUUUAUUAUUGGAAGAAGAGAAGGGAUGCUAGACAAACCCAACAUGAUGAACACGAAGAUAUGCAUCGUCUUGAGGAUGAAGAUCAUUAA